AGCAAGCAAUCGUCAUUAGGCAUAUAUACUUCAUAAAAAUUUUUCAUACAACGAAGCAAUGCAACAGUAAUCAUAGUGACAGGUUCAUAAAUUUAGCAUAAUCUUCUUUUACUUAAUCUAGACCUGUUCUCAAGCGGAGAUUUAUUAACAGGUACCUACUUGUACGGUUUAUCAACAGCAAUAUCACAACUUCUGUAUUAGUACCAUACACCUUUCAAUACCUGUAUUACUUACCUACUAUUUCAUUCCAUUGAUACGAUUUAUUCAUAUACGUUAGAUUAUUCAGCUACAGGAACAAAAUACUUAGGCGGGGUAUGUAAUGUUGCUUUUCGACUUCCUGCGUGGGAUCGAUUCUUACUGAAACCUCUCGAUUCUCAUCCAAUAGCAAUAAAAAACAUGGCGUCAUAUUAACUCAAUUAUUUCCUGCGAGGUUCGUUCACCCGAGCUUGUUUAGCUCCCCAGCCACGAAAGCGACGACUUGCAUUUACAUGUAACUGUUUUUUGACUUAUACAGAGAUGCGCUUGCAACCCUUGCAACCCUUGUAAGCUGUAAGCUGUAAGCUCUUAACAAGUCGAACCCCGUUACGUAUAAUUACUUAGGCCCUCGAUCUUCGUCGCCGGGUACAUAGUAUAUAUAUCUGGGAAUCUCGAUUUCAUUUAUUGGGUUCAAUAUGUCCCCAGUGCCUUUUGAGCACCCCGUGAGGCUCACCCCGCUGGCGGUGGUUGGCACCUAUCUCACGGCGGUGGUCUACUUGACAUAUACAAUCGUAGCUGGGCUCUACGCAUCGUAUAAGUCCUUAGGUCCAGCUCAGGAUAUACGGUCACGUUACGCGCAACGUAGGAGACUGGUUCCUAUUUUUCUCGGACUUGCUGCCGUGGCUUUUUAUUUAGCUACUUACAAUUCGGUGGCGUCGGCAGUCUUGUCGUAUAAGACAUGGGCGCAUGAGCAGGGCGUCCAUGAACGAGAACGCCAUAUACUUGCCGAGAAACUUGUCCUUACUCCUCGCGACCUGAAGAGAUCGAACUCCCUUUAUAUCAUCCAGUGGUUAAGCGACACUCCAAUCUUCUACGAUGCCGUAGAGAUUGUUGCCGAGAAAGCCCGUCGUUUCUGGUGGGGGCAACAGAUCGACCUCGCGACGGUAGCGUUUAGCAUGCUAUUAUCAAUCGAGGGGCGACGACGAAACAUCCCUUUAAUCCCUUCCUUUUUAAUUCUAGCUCACCUCGUCAGCCUGUCGUUCGCGCAGAAUCUAUUUUACGUCGCUCUUCUUUUAACUCCGUCGCCAAUAGUUCCGGGAAGUGAGAGCCUUGAGAUGCCAGUAAUACCUCUCCUCUCGACGUUGACUUGGAUUCGCGACAAAGUUUUUGCUCCAAAGCCGAAGAAUUGGUAUUUACAUCCUCACAUUCUUUUUACGGUUUUGGGCUUGAAUUAUGUCUCAAUAUUUCUCCUUCCUUAUGCUGCGGACACACAUUCGUUUGUGAAAAUUGUUCAUCUCGCUCGGGCGUCGACUUUUUUGCCCCUUAUCUUACCGGCAAUUGCGCCGGUCAGCUGGGGCGCCGUCUACGUAUAUCCUUACGAUGCUUACGAUUUAUUCAAGACAAUAUUUCGAACUAUUUCUUUCGUGUCUUUCGCGUUACACACCAAGUCGACUGUUGACGGUCUACGCUACAAUGUUCCUGAUUCCCACCAUCAUCGUCACAGUGCCUUCCUCCCCUGGAAUGUCGAAGAGCGAGCCAACUGGGAACAAAGCACUACGGCCAUCGGCAAGGUUUUAGGUUCUCUCUAUGACCAUCCUGCUGUAAACGCUGUCGGGUGUGAUGUUUUAGUCUGCACAAUCAGCCUCGGCCUGUGGGCUGCUAUUCGCGCUAUAAGCGUUCAAGACAUAAUAGCAUCAGCUAUCCCGAGUUUCAAAUUUCGUCUCAGGGCUAGGCGCGUCGUCGAGGAUAACAUGUUCCAACGUGUAUCCGAGCAUUCAAUGAUCUUAAGAAGCCAAAGUAGAUCAGCGCUAUCGAGGCGGCUACGGAGUUCGUCAAGGUUAAGAAACGGAUCAAAGUUCAGGAGCGAAUCGAAUUCUAGAGAUUCAUCGAGAGUUAGAAACUUAUCGAAAGUAAGAAACAUGUCGAGAGCGAGGAAUGAAUCGAGAGUUAGGAAUACGUCGAGGGUAAGAAGUGUGACGAGGUUUGGUAGUGUCACCAGCUCGUGCACAGCGAGUGAGGAUGGGUCCAUAACUCCCGGGCGAAGACGAGGACGCUCAAGGGUGUCUAAGAAACACGACGAUAAAUUAUAUCGAUCUGCUACAUUCUCGGCCAGAUCUUCGGUAGAGUCAGACCUCAUACCGGCUGCGGAGUCAGAUUGGGACUCUGCAGCUGUAUCUUGGAGCAUGGUUGUAUUUACUGGUCUUGGUUCAGUGUCGGCAGGUGUUCUUGGAGCGGAAUGCAUUACGAAAUGAGAGAUGAAUGGGCAGGUUAAGGCUAUCAUGAGGAGUCUGGAUUAAUGACGAGAGUAAUGAGGUAAAACAGGAUCGGGAUGUAUUGGAGGUUAUUGGGAGCGGUUAACGAUGGGAAGCGGUUUAGACUUAUGAAUACCACUCAGCUUAGCGGCCACGGCUGAGUACCUUAUAUAUCCACAUAGAUAUUGAACUCAAGAAUUCUCAUACUCCAUACUCAAGGGUAUGCACUCCGUGUAUGAUAUACCUCUUAUCUCUUUCAAGAGUUCCUUACACCACAGUGUGUUAUUC